AUGCCGAAGGAGCCUAUCGCGGAUCAUGGCUUUGCAAUCCACGUGGCGUUUUGGCUGGAUGCGAAGGUCCGCACGGGGCCGGGUAUCUGGAGGCUCCACGCUUCCAUGCUGCACAGGCCGGGUGUUCGGAAGGUCAUUGAGGCGACGGUGCGGCGUACACCGGUCAAUGACGGCAGCAGCUUUGAGCUUUUGCUGUCGCGGCUGAGCGUUGGUCUUAGAUCCUACGCGAGGGAGGAAGGGAAGCGUGUGAAGGCCACGCUGGUGCACCUGCAUCGGGCGGCAUCGUCUUCACUGCCUGAUGAAAUCAAGGAGGCGGUGACGAUCUCACUUCAUAAAAAGGGAGAGAAGGAUCAACUCAACAACUACCGCCCUAUCACCCUGUUGAACUUCACCUACAAGGUCUUGGCGCCGGUGAUUGCGGACCGAAUGAAGACGGUGCUGCACCAGGUCAUCUCUCCGGAGCAGUAUGGCUUCCUACCCGGCAGGCGGCUGUCGGAUGCGGUGUCCCUGGUGGCGGACAUUAUUGAGGCCGCGAGGAACGGAAGCAAGGACUGGCACUUGCUUCUGGUCAAAUUCCAGAAAGCAUUUGACUCGGUCUCCCGCAGCUUCCUCUUCCAGGUGUUGCGGGGCAUGGGCUUUCCUUACCGCUUUGUGGGGUGGAUCGAGGGCCUGCACAGAGACACAAAGACGCGGCUGUUAGUAAGUGGAUGGCUGGGUGAGGGGCUGGAGGUGGUCUCAGGGGUUCAGCAAGGUUGCCCUCUAGCUCCCUAUCUCAUCCUGUGCGCUGUGGAGCCGUUGGCGCAAGAUGUGGAGAGAAGGAAACUUGGUUUGUCUGAGGCGGGGCAGCAGCUCGGUUAUCUGGGUUACGCUGAUGACACGACGCUGGUCCUGCAGGGGAAGCAGCAGAUUGUCAGAGCGGUGCAGCUGUUGUCGGAGUUUGAGAAAGUCUCGGGGCUUGCGACAAAUGCGGACAAAACGGUGGUCUUACCUUUGGGUGUUAACACUCGGAUUAAUGGCGGUACUUUGUGUGGUUUCAAGCGCGCCGGCGCGGACGAUGCAGAGAGGCUGCUGGGCGUCUGGGUGGCUCCCUUCGGCAGCAGUAUACCGACCUGGGAAAAGGCGCUGGGGCACAUCAGGGGGAAGUUACAUCUCACAACUUCGGCAAGAGCGACGGUGGUGAACAGUUACAUCUCGCCGAUAAUCGCCUUUCAGGCUCAGGUGUACUCGCCCCCGGCAGCCAUCUGGGAAGAGCUGAUGAGAUUGAUCCAGGGCUUCAUCUCCGGUAAUAGGGUCUCGGGAGCGAAGGGCUUCCAGCUCUGGAGCAGGGAGCUGCUGUUCAAGUCCAGAGCGGCCGGGGGGAUUGGAGUCAGGGACCUGGAGAUGAUCAUCAUGUGUCUGGCUGCGAGGAGGGUGGGGCUGUUCCUCACCGAGCGCAACCUGUUGAAGAAGGAGAUCAUGACGCUGGCAGCGGAUCUUCCUCUGGGGGCGGACACCUUUGAGGCGCACGAGAAGUUGAUUAAGCACUGGUCUGGUCGCGGCAUUCGCUGGAAGCAGACGUGUGAAAUUUUCAUGCGGUCUCCCUUUGGAUCUCGGGCUCCAGCUAGCAGCAGGGAGGAAGUGCUGCGGGAGAGAAUCUUCUAUAAUCGGGAAAUUCUGAUUAACGGCUCCACGCCUGUCGGAUGGCAGCAGGACGCUCAGAGACUGAAAGGGUUUCGCCUAGGUGAUCUGCUGGUGCAAGGGUCUGACGGGGAGCUUGACCUGAAAUCCAUGGCGGCAUCAUCCCAGCAGCUGGGAGGUAACGGCCCAGCUAAGCUUGCUCUCAAGGCACUGAGGGCUUUGCCAGCUGCUUGGGAGAGCCUGAUGGGCUUCCCGACUUCUCGUCCCUGCUCAGCUGACUCCCCCCAUAGGCUGGUGGUGGUGGAAGGGGGCCGGGUGGUGUCUGAGAGGCGGAUGAAGGAGGGCUGGCGUGGCGCAGAGGAGCAAUCAUACAAGCAGGAGAAGUGGGCGGAAAGGUGGCGCGGGACAAUUGACUGGAAAACGGGCAAUUGCGACCAGGGACUCCCUGGCGGUUCCUAG